AAUUAUUUAAUAAACAAUUGCAUUAAAAUGUCAAUUAAACAAUGUUGCAGUUUGUGUUGCACUGCAUGCUGUGAAUAUCAAUUGCUACAAAACGAAGCGGGGGAUAGCAAUGAAAUCUAUGAAAUCACAGUCAAAUAUUUUGAUCCCAUGCUGCUCACAGAUGAAGAAGGAAAUCCAAAUUAUGAUCAAGAAAUUAAGGUGCUUUGCCAGGAUUGCUGGUUGCACAUCAAUGAUUUUAAUGAAUUUCAACAGAAUGUUAUUACGACUAGGAAUACACUGGAAAAAAGCAACAUGAUAAAGCAAUUAGAAACAGAUAUUAAACAGGAGAAUGUCCAGGAUGAUAAAACAUUUUGGGGAGAUGAGGAGGAAACUGAUAAAAGUGAUGAUGAUGACCAUAGUUUUGAAGAUGUUUAUGUAAAUAAUUAUGAAGAUGAAUGUGAUAACUUGGCAGCAGAUAAUAUCUCUAUAAAUUCUAAUGAGGAUAAUGAUGAUGAUGACGAUGAGAAGCCCUUAAUAACUUUAACAAAAAUAGCCAGUGAUAAAAGUAAAAACAGUGAAAAUAAAGUUAUUGAUGAGGAAAAUCAACUGGAAAAGCCUAAAUCACGUAGAGGAAGAAAAUCUAAAAAUUGUAUUAGCAAAGAUUUGAAAGCUGAUGACAAUGAUGAUGACCUGACAAACGAAAAAUCGCCUAGCAAAAGAAAAAAACUGAAAUUGGUGGAUGAUACCAAAAAAGAGUCAUCGAAUAAUAUAGAAAAAGGUUUGGAGUCGGACAGCUUUAUAGCCGAAUGGAAACCAGAAUUAGAAUGCGAUAUAUGUGGUGAAACUAGUACAAAUUUUCAGCAAUUACGACAGCACUUUAAAGAGCAACAUAAAACUAGAGGCUAUAUUAAAUGUUGUGAGCGCAAAUUUCAUCGUCGCUAUGUAUUGGUCGAUCACAUACGGUUACAUCUAAAUCCGGAGAUGCACAAAUGUGAUAUAUGUGGUAAACCCAGUUCCAGUCAAUAUAAUCUUAAACUUCACAAGAAAAUAAUGCACGAAAGCACAGAGCAAUUUGAGUGCGAAGUGUGUCAUAAAAUGUUCAACCAGAAACCCACCUUAGAGCGUCAUAGGCUGAUACAUGUUACGGGAAGUAAAGAUUUUGUGUGUCAAGAAUGUGGGAAAGCCUAUGUUCUUGAGGUUCAGCUAAAAUCCCACAUCAAAACAGUACACAAUGUUGAUCGUGUCUGCGAUCAAUGUGGCAAAACUAUACACGGCGUAGCAGCCCUCAAGAAACAUUUAAUGGAACAUGCCGGCAUUAAAAGGCCUAAAUUCCCUUGUGAUAAAUGUGGUGCCGAGCUUAACUCACGCAAUUCCUUAAGACGUCAUAUGGCAGCAUUCCAUCAUGAUGGUACAACCAUAUAUGUAUGUGGUAUAUGUGGCAAAGUUGCAUCCAGUGAAAAUGCUUUAUUAACACAUAAGAAGCAUGUUCACAUAGAGGAGCGUAAACAUAAGUGUACGUAUUGUGAUAAAGCAUUUAAGAGGCCCAAGGUAUUGCGCGAACACAUAGCCACACAUACGGGCCAGGAUCUUUAUCAGUGUCCUCAUUGUCCGCAAACGUUUAAAGUUAGUGCCAAUAUGCAUCAUCAUCGCAAAAAAGUACAUCCCAUAGAGUGGGAAGAAGGCAGAAAAAAUCGCUUACAAUUACCAAAAGUUAACAUUAAUCAAGUUAAAAAUCAAGUUGUAAUAUAAAUUAGGAAUAUUUCGAAAGAGUAUUAUAAUAAAUAAAUGAAAAUAU